GUUCAGGGAAAGGGAAUGCGUUUUGAACCAGGAAGAGGAGGAGUUCAAAUGGCUUCGAAAGACCCGGUUGAGAGUUUAACCGAGGAGGCAGUUUGUCCCAUCUGCCUGGAUUUCUUCACCGAUCCGGUAUCACUGGAGUGUGGGCACAACUUCUGCCGCUCCUGUAUCACACAGAGUUGGGACAGGGAGGGGAGAAACUCCUGCCCGGAAUGUAGAGAGGAGUUUACAGACCGCACCCUCAGGGUGAGUCGGGCCUUGGCGAGACUGUCUGAGAAAGCUCGAACACUGAGCCUGAAUCGGACAGAGAAGGAAAGUAAACUUCAGUGCGAGGAACAUCAGGAAGAACUGAAGCUGUUUUGUGAAACGGACAAGAAGCUGAUCUGUGUGAUUUGUGCAGCUGGGCGGGAACACAAGUCUCACAACUUCAUGCCGGUUAAAGAAGCUGUUGAAACCUACAAGGAUCAGGUGAAAUCUUCCAUCCAGUCUCUCACAAAAAAGCAAUCAGGGAUCCAGCGAAUGGAGCAGCAACAGAAACAGAAGAUUUCUGGAGUUCUGGAACAGUCACACAACCUUCAGUCCAAGAUCACAUCCCAGUAUGCUGAACUGCACCAGAUUCUCACUGAGAAAGAGCAGCGCACACUGGCAGAUAUCCGGGAGGAAGAGAAGAAGAUUCUAAAUACAAUGGAGACAAAUCUUGGAAAGAUUCAAGAGAAUUUAGAAUCCAUUCAGGAGGAACUCUUAAAGUUGCAGCAACAGAUGGAUCAAAAAGACAGUGUGGUGUUUCUGAAGGAGAAAGCUGGUCGCAAGCAAAGGGUUCGUGAUGAAGCCAAACCACUGUCGGUGGUAGAUGAAGCCUUGCCGAUUGAAAAGUUUCAUUGCCCUGUUUCGUUCAACACAGCAUUCAAAGAAACAUCUGAUGACUUCAAGCAAGGCAAAUCAGAUCACUUCCAAAAGACGUGGUCUGCAUUUAUCGACUUACUACAAGUAUAAGGUGCAACAGUACUCUGAAAAGAAAUGGUUUCAGGACCUGGUAAGGGGGGAUGAAACAUACGAAGUUGGUAUAUUCCUUUCUGCUCUGUCUUCUUAUUAGAGCUUUUGUUUCUUUUUCUCUUUUUUCUUUUCUACGGCCUAUUUCUUAACUUUUUUCUCUAACUCUUCGCGUAAUGGGUCUUUUUUCUUGAUCACUUUUUCACACAAUCACGACUCUUUCUCACUUUCUUUACUUUUUUCUCUUUUGAAAGCUUAAAAAAUGAAGUGGUACAAGAAAUGUAAUACGUUAUAUUUGGCUUGUAUUAACGUAAUGUACUUCUAAAAAAAAAUUGUUAAAUAAAAUAAAAAUAAUGAUAAUAAUUUUACUGGAGCAAAAAUAAAAUAUCUUUAUAAAGCAUCUUUAGGGUGGCAUUGUGGCGUAGUACAAAAAGAGUGAACACGUACACCACCUGAUUCAGGGACAGUUUCUUCCCAGCUGUUAUCAGGCAACUGAAUCAUCCUACCACAACCAAAGAGCAGUCCUGAACUACCAUCUACCUCUUUGAUGACCCUUGAUCAAACUUUGCUGGCUAUACCUUGCACUAAACGUUAUUCCCUUAUCAUGUAUCUGUACACUGUAAAUGGAUCAAUUGUAAUCAUGUGUAGUCUUUCUGCUGACUGGUUAACACGCAACAAAGGAUUUUCACUGUACCUCGGUCCACGUGACAAUAAACUAAAAUAACUAAACUGGCGUUAGAUCUACUGCCUUACAGCGCCAGAGACCCGUGUUCAAUCCUGACUACGGGUGCUUGUCUGUGCGAGGUUUGUACAUUCCUACAUGGGUUUUCUCCGACAUCUUCGGUUUCCACCAACACUCCAGAGACGUAUAGGUCUGUAGGUUAAUUGGCUUGGUAUAAAUGUAAAUUGUCCAUAGUGUGUGUAGGAUAGUGUUGAUGUGCGGGGAAUGCUGGUCGGUACGGACUCAGUGGGCCGAAUGGCCUGUUUCCGUGCUGUAUCUCUAAACCAAAUGAAACAAAUUACAAAACAAGGGCCAGACAUGGCACAACAAAUGUGAAUAAAAGCAUUACACCAAAAUUAAUU